GUUUAUUUUUGUAUUUGCCGUGUGCGGUCACACUGCCGUAUUGAAAAAAAUGGACGAAGAGCUGAAAACAAUAAACAACGAUUUAAACGAUGCUCUGUCCAAAUUACUUAAAAGCGCUCCGAAAUGCACGGAAAGCGCAUUGCAGCAGCGCAAACGGAAAAUUGCCACGCUAAUCCGACUGCAUGUGCGGCACCUGCAGCAGACGGUGAUCGUGAGCCGCAGGCGUCAACAGCAACGCACCAGACGGCGCCUUAAACAGUUGCGCUCCCUUUUCAUGCAGCAAAUGAUCGAGCUGCAAUCCAGUUAUCUGCAAAUGUUCGUCAUGCUCCGGAUGAAGCACGCCCAGUUGCAGCACGACGAGGAAAUGGAGACAGUCAGGGACAACAUCAACACUGCCGCUUCCGAUUCCAACCUGGCAACGGAAACAGUUGGCCAAACGCUAUUUUGGGAGCACACAAUACCCCAAUACAGCGAUGAGCAGUUUCUGGAUAGCCUCCAUGUGACCCGCAGCACAUUUAAGUCGCUCUGCAACCAAUUGUCAUCCGCCCUGCACUCGGUGCCAGAUCUAACAUCUACUGUGGGUGUCAUUUUGCCGGACAAAUGCGUGGGCUUGGCCCUCUACUUUCUGGCUAGUGGCGAGCGUAUUUCCAUUAUUUCGGAACAGUUUGCAAUCCCACGCAUACACACCAUCAAAUGCCUGAAAGUGUUCUGCAAUGCCGUCAUGGCCAGCUUGGGUAAGGCGUUGCGCCGGCUGCCGCAGAGCGAGGCGGACUGUGCGAAUGUGGUUGCCGGUUUCAAGCGGGAAUGCAACAUGCCCGCGGCGCUCGUUGGUGUCCUGGGCGUUUGUUGCAUUCCUCUCCGCUGCCCGAGAAAGCAAUAUGCUGGGAUUUCUACGCUGCGCAUGGAAUUCCUUUUGGAUGAUCGCAUGCUCUUCCGUGAGCUGCGCCUGGGCAACGCCCAUGGCACCAAGGCGCCGCUGCCACCCAUGUUCGCGGAGGCACCAAACUUACUCAAACAGCUGCCUCCGCGCUGCAUCAACAACCGUUUGGUGCCCGCCUUCGUGCUGGCGCCCGCUAAUCAAAACUAUCCGCUGCGUCCAUGGCUGCUGCAGCGCUAUUCGGAUCCGGUGGCGCCGCACGAAUACGACUUCAACGAGGUGGCCGACCAUCUGCAGGAGCUGAGCGACUGCGCCAUGCAUCGAUUAAUGUCACGCUGGCGCUUCCUCAGCCAGCCACUAGACAUUAGCUUCCAGACCGCAUCCUGCAUUAUUUCAGCGGCCACUGUUCUACACAAUCUGCUUGAGGAACUCAGCGAGCCCCAUAUGCUGGAGUGGGGCAACACGGUGGACGUAUCCAGGUUCAGGUCAGCGCCAAUCGAUCCAAGGGCGGACGCCAGCGCGGAUGUUAAGCAAGCCUUAGAAGUACGCGAUUUUCUAGCGCGUACCAUCAGCUCCACGGAAAUAUGAAUACGACUGGCUACAUAUGUUAAGACUAUAUUGUAUAUAUGGUAAUGGUUAAGGUUCUACUUACUAAGGGGUGCCAGACGCAGAAUAAAUGAUCUAAUUUAAAA